AUGGCAGUCCCCUCAAACGUUAUUUAUUUUACCGGAUAUGACACUCUACGAACAUCUGCUUGGUCGCCAUUUGCCCACUUGGGCGCAUUUUGGGGCCCUCUUAUUGCUGGAUCUGCAGCGAGGGCUAUCGCAGCUACUGCUAUUUCACCAAUUGAGAUGUUUAAAACCAGACUACAGGCCGUAUCAAACACUCACCUAAAUUCGUCAAAAGGAAUCUUCCGGGCUACCUUCGACACCACCAAGGAUAUGGUAGCGAAAGAAGGCGUUAGGUCUCUCUGGCGUGGGUUGGAAUUGACCCUCUGGCGUGACGUACCUUUUUCUGGGGUUUACUGGCUGGGAUAUGAAACCAUCAAGUCAUUCAUACGUUCCGAAAGAGAACGAGAGCGGCACCUCACCUUUACAGAUUCUUUUAUUGCUGGUGCAGUUUCUGGGUCAGUCGCCGCUUUCCUCACGCAGCCUUUCGACGUUGGGAAGACUCGACGUCAGAUCUCUGCACCUGCUGGUGUCGAAACAAAGGGGGAUAUGCCGAGAGUGCUCUAUAACAUUUUCAAAGUCGAAGGCGCAUCCGGCCUCUGGAGAGGCUGCGUACCUAGAAUCCUGAAGGUUUCACCUGCCUGUGCUAUCAUGAUCUCAAGUUACGAAGUAGGCAAAAAGGCCGCUAGAAAAAUGAACGAAAAACACGAAGUCUAAUGCCCUUUUUUCCCUUAACGUGGUGUAUGAUUACGAGGAUUUCUUCUUCUCCCUUCCAUCGGUGUGCAUGGUUAACGUAAUUUUACCCUAUUUCUUUCAGUAUCCUUUUCUUACUUCGAUAGGGUAGUGCAUAGCUUUCCUUCUUCCUUCCCCUCUGUUUUACCUUUACCUUAUAAGCACGUUGACCUGGCUUAGGGGUUUAGAGGGCUCUUCUUUUUGUAUAAAGUCCGCAUGCUCUUAUUCUCAUUCUUGCUCUCCUUUACUUUUUCUCCCCACGCUCUCCUAAAAAAAAACUCACUUAAGUCGUUCUUUUUUCUCCUACAAUUAUCUGGUGGUGGCGGUGGUGUAUGAUAUGGGGGAAAAAAAUAGAUCUGCUUUGGAAAUCUGUUGGCUUGGAUGCAUGGUUCUAUACCCUUGGAAAUUAAAACGCUCAUGCCUUAAUGCAACAUGUAUGAGCGUUACGUUGUA